GUGCCGUAGGCAUGGACGUUCCAAUUAAAAUAGACGUCUUAGGCGCUGGAAUAAAUGGACUGGCAUCAGCCUACUGCUUGGCAAAUGAAUUUCCCAAAAGUCAUAUCACAAUUACGGCAGAAAGGUUUACAGGCACGACAAGUGACCAUGGGUUUGGAAUCAUUAUGAAUCGUACUUAUGACAAAAUAUACGAUAACUCCGACGUCACCGGGUAUAUUCAAAAAACGGUGGAACAUUUGAAAACCGUUGACCAUAAGACAUCAUGGGACUUUGGUCUUAGGACACGAGAAAUGUUGUGGAUUUAUAACGCUCAGUCGCCCGAGGACGCAGAAGAGAGAGUUCGAUUUUUCGCACAAACUUGCCUGAGUGUGCGGAAGGCGACAGACGAAGAACUCGCUAAGUUAAACAACGAUAAAAAGAAUAUUCUAAAGUUGCAACCGGUGUUUGAUCUUCCUCUAAACCCAGGGUCGGUGUGUUACUUUAUGGCCAAGGUUUUUGUACUUGAUACCAGUUUCUACUUACCUUGGCUGCGCUCCCGCUUGUUAAGUUUGAAAGACAUGACAACUGGUCAACCAAGAGUAAAUUUUGUUGAAAAGAAGGUGUCGCGCUUGAGCGAGUUUGAUGAAGCAGAUAUUAUCGUAAACUGUUCAGGUGUUGGCGCACGGGAAGUCGCAAACGAUAAGGCUGUGACGCCAGUACGAGGGCAAUAUGUUCGAGUUCGGGCACCCGAGAACCUAGUCCUUCAUACGUACUUGCAGUUUUCUGACCACUCGUUUGUUUGCCCUCGUGUCAACGACACAUGCCUCGGUUCUGUAUACCAACCUGGCCGAACCGACACGGCGAUCAACGCCGAGGAUACAGAAAGUCUUCUGCGGCGAUGCGAGGUCUUUGUUCCUGAUGUGCGCGAAGCCGAAGUCGUUGCCGUGGACGUAGGAAUUCGCCCAGCAAGGGUCGGCGGUCCAAGAGUCGAAGUCGACCCCCAAUUGUCCCCAAACGACAGGACAAUUGUGAUUCAUAAUUAUGGUCACGGCUCAAAAGGAGUUGCCCAACAUUGGGGCUGUGCGCUUAAAGUAACGGCCUUGGCAAAAGAGAACUUACGUAACUUACAAUCGAAAAUGUAAACGAGGAUUCGCCCGUUACCUCUGGGUUACAGCAGGCGCGCUAACCACUAUGCCACGGCGGCUAUCUAAAAUAUUUUAAUUGCAGAUGGUACAUUUUAUUUAUUAAUUAUGCAUAAACUGUUCACACUUCUUAUAUAAUUUAUUGUAAUGAAUACAAUACAAAUUCUUAGAUCA